ACUCUGCGGCCGGGAUGCUCUAAGUGAGACUCGAUGUAACAUCAAAAUGCAGAGGGAAGAACUCCAUGACGAGCAGUCGCGCGUGACUCGUUCGUCUUCUCGCAUAACUGAUAGCAAUGUGGAAAAUGCUUUGCAAUGUGCAAUAAUUAGACUGACAGCCCCGUCGAGAUAAAGGUGUAACGUGCACCAGGAGGACGCGAUGGCGUCGAGGACAAGAAAGCAGUGGUGCGCGAAUGGUGGUAUUUUAGUGCGACUGACGCUGACCCUUUCGGGUUUGUGUGCGGGUCAAUGCACGAAUAUUGGCCUGAUGACGACAACAACGACGAGGGCAUCGACGACGGAGACGGGAACAACAAUGACGAUGACGGCUGGUAGCUCCAGGGAAUGCAUUGGGGGUGUACGGACGAUGCAGUCUAAGGGUGAAGUAAAGCUAGCGGUGAUCGCGCCGGGUGAUCCUCACCACGAGCAGAGUCUGCAGAGAGUGUUACCUGCGGUAUUACUAGCUGUGAAAUACGUCAGCUCACCUAGGGGACCUUUACCCGGAUGGAACAUCAAGGUGGACUAUCGCGACUCAUACUGCUCCAGCACUUACGGACCCUUGGCCGCGUUCCAGUUUUACAUCAACCAGACAGCAGACGCUUUCCUGGGCCCUGUGUGUGAUUAUGUGAUCGCGCCUGUGGCAAGGUACGCGGGUGUGUGGGGCAUACCGGUGCUGACAGCGGGUGCGCAGGCGGAAGCAUUCCGUCAUAAAGGCCAGCAUUAUCCGACGUUAACCAGGAUGAUGGGCUCUCAUCGUUUGGUGGGUGAGGCGCUCAGACAUAUUCUACGCAGUUUUGGAUGGAAAAUCUGCGGUUUACUGUUUCACAAUCACGAGAUGGCCAGCAGUAAAGGCAAUUCCGAGUGUCAUUUCACGCUGAGCGCCGUAUAUACGGCGCUCAAUCAAACGCCGGCGCAUAAGAGCUUCAACCAGGAGACAGCCGACACCGAGGAAUACAAGAAUUUGCUCAGUUUGAUCGCCAAAUCCGCACGGAUUAUAGUGAUGUGCGCUAAUUCAACGACUAUUCGGGAAAUAUUGCUAGCUGCCGAGGAGCUCGGGAUGGUGGACUCAGGGGAAUACGUGUUCUUCUCCAUAGAGCUCUCGUCCAGCGAUAAUGAUUCCAAGGAGCCAUGGAGAGUCGACGGCGAUACAGACGAGAGGAACGAGAAGGCUCGAAAGGCUUAUCAGGCCUUAUUGACAGUGACGGCGCGCACCCCAGACAAUCUAGAAUACCUGAAUUUCUCGCGUGAAGUUAAAUCCCUGGCUCAGAGCAAAUAUAACUUCAUUUUCGGUAACAGCUCAGUCUCAACCUUUGUGACGGCGUUUUAUGAUGCCGUGUUGCUUUAUGCUCUCGCCCUUAAAGACAGUCUGCCAGAGAAGCCGGGUGAGGUCAAUUUAGAUGGCGGUAAUUUGACGCGGAGAAUGUGGGGAAAAAGUUUCAAGGGAAUAACUGGCGACGUAAACAUCGAUGAAAAUGGCGAUAGAAUUGCGGAUUAUUCUUUAUUGGACAUGGACCCGGAAACAUCCAAAUUCGAAAUUGUAGCCAAUUAUUACGGUGCGAAUAAAACAUUGGAAUAUAUUCCUGGGAAACAAAUUCAUUGGGCCGGUGGUCGUUUAGAACCACCCCCGGAUACGCCUACGUGCGGAUUCGACGGGUCAUUAUGUCCUGAUAAUUCUCUUCCGGGAUACGCUAUUCUCUCUAUGGUAUUGAGCUCCAUCGUAGUCGUUCUCGUCGUCGGUUCAGUAUUUAUUUAUCGGCGCUUCAAACUGGAAGCGGAAAUUGCCUCCAUGACAUGGAAAGUGCAUUGGGACGACGUAAUCGUGAUACCUAACGCGAAGACAAGAGGCUCCAUGUACUCCCUAAUCGCGAAUAAGUUUCGCGGUAGUGAACUGACGAUAUAUUCUGAAGAUAAUGCAAGUCUGCCAGAUGGUGUUGAUCGAAAUGUGUAUGUUCCGACAGGAUUUUAUAAGAACUCAAAAGUCGCAAUAAAACUCAUACCGAGGAACAAAGUGGAAAUUUCAAGACCUUUGUUGCUGGAGCUAAAGCGGAUGAAGGAUCUCCAGCAUGAUCAUCUUGUACGAUUUUAUGGUGCCUGUCUCGAGCCGCCGCAUUGUUGUCUCCUAACCGAAUACUGCCCCAAAGGAUCUCUCCAGGAUAUACUAGAGAACGAGCAGAUAAAGCUCGAUCGCGUGUUCAGAGGAUCCCUGAUACACGAUAUCGUGCGCGGUAUGGCGUAUCUCCAUGCAUCGGAAGUGAAGAGUCACGGUAACCUCAAAUCUUCAAAUUGCGUUGUCGAUUCACGAUUCGUCCUGAAAAUCGCCGACUUUGGCUUGCACGAGCUGAGAAGAAGCGCAGAUGUGGAUUCAGAUGGCGAUAAAAACAGCUACGCCUAUUGGAGGAAACAGCUUUGGACAGCUCCGGAAUUGCUGAGGCUGGAGAGACAACUGCCCGAGGGCACUCAGAAAGGCGACGUGUACAGCUUUGCUAUAAUCGUUCACGAGAUCGUGAUGCGCCAAGGGCCAUUCUACUUGGGAGACAAUAACGAAUUCUCUCCAAAGGAAAUAAUAGAAGGUGUUAGAAGAGGUGGCGGUUCACCAUUAAGGCCUGUAAUAGACGAUGCUUCUGUUGAAGAAGAGGUAGCUACUCUAAUGAGACGAUGCUGGGCGCAAGAAGCCGCGGACCGACCGGAUUUUCCUGCGCUGAAGCAAACGAUUCGUAAAAUUAAUAAAGACUAUGAGAGCAGCAAUAUCCUGGACAAUUUACUAUCCCGCAUGGAACAGUAUGCCACGAAUUUAGAAACAUUGGUAGAAGAACGCACGGCUGACUACCUCGAGGAGAAACGUAAAUGCGAGGAACUUCUUUACCAGUUACUACCAAAAUCAGUGGCGUCGCAGUUGAUCCUCGGACAAAGCGUGAUCGCCGAGACAUAUGAUCAAGUGACAAUUUACUUCAGCGAUAUUGUAGGCUUCACGAGUCUCUCGGCCGAGAGCACGCCUCUGCAGGUGGUCGAUCUGCUGAACGACCUCUACACGUGUUUUGAUUCCAUUAUCGAGAACUUCGACGUUUACAAGGUGGAAACAAUAGGAGAUGCUUACAUGGUUGUAUCAGGAUUACCAGUGAGAAACGGAAUGAAUCACGCUAGAGAAAUUGCGAGGAUGAGUUUAGCCCUCAGGGAUACGGUAAUGACAUUCAGUAUUCGCCAUAGACCAACCGAACAAUUAAAACUUCGUAUCGGCAUGCAUUCUGGACCAUGCGUGGCUGGUGUAGUAGGUCUUAAAAUGCCGAGAUACUGCCUGUUCGGCGAUACGGUCAACACAGCAUCCAGGAUGGAGAGUAACGGUGAAGGUAAUUAACAGCUUAGUCAUUCUCAG